GAGUUUCGGUUCCUUGCAUUUGGUGAUAUUUUGCGUAGUUUUCCCUAAAACAGUGCUCAUUUCCUUGCCGGAAGCCACUACAAUGGGUUCCAAAAAGCACAAGAAGCACAAAUCCGAGCGAAAGGAACGCGAAGAGAAAGCGAAUAUGCUGCUGGAUCGUCCGCCGAGUUUGAAGCUGAUCCUGAAGGUUAGUGGCAACAAUUCCACUCCCGAGCACGGAAAUGAUUCGCCGGCCUAUGGGAUCCAGCAGGAUGCGAGCAACCCGGCGUUCUCCGGUGAAUAUUCCGGGGAGCGUCACAAGAAAUCCAAGAAAAAGAAAAAGAAGAAGGACCGAGAGAAGAAGCACAAGCACCACAAAGAGAAACGUCGUCAUCGGGAUGAUUCGAGUCAGGAGGAUUUCAAUAGCGUUGGUGAUGAAAGUUCUCAGGCUCCUCCGGAAGGAAGUGCGUUUCUCACGGCACCGGUGGCGACUGUUCCGGUGAGUAUUGGCAGUCCAGCGUCGCAGCCGGUGACAAAGCCAUUCAUUCCGAUCAGGAGUCCCGAACCGGAACCGAUACCGAUUGUGCAACCGGUAACGCCGGCCACUCCUGCUACUCCUGCGAUGUUUAUGAGGGAGGAUAUCAAUGCUCCUAGUUCAGUGACUACGGAAGACCCUGUUCAGAGCCCUGUCUCGGUACAGUCUACUUCGCGUCCGGGAAGCAAACUAGAAUUCCACGAUACCAGUUCGAAUCAAGCCCCGAAAACGCCCGGCUCGGAUUGUAGCGGCCGGGAACCACGGAGUUGCGUACUGAAAUUGAAGCAAAGUCGCUCUCCGUUGGCUCGGUUGUUGGAUCACUUGAUGAAGGCGCUGGAGAAACGGGAUCCGCAUCAGUUCUUUGCCUGGCCAGUGACGGAUGAUAUUGCGCCGGGUUACUCGUCAAUCAUCACUCGGCCGAUGGAUUUCAGCACCAUAAGGCAGAAGAUUGACGACAAUGAGUAUACAUCGGUGUCGGAGUUCAGCGAUGAUUUCAAGCUGAUGUGUGAGAAUGCUAUCAGGUACAAUCAUUCCGAGACGGUUUACCAUAAAGCUGCUAAGAAACUUCUUCACGUUGGAGCGCGGCUUUUGCAACCGGAGAAUUUGAUGAGAUCGCUGCGACCCUUGAUGACUUUUAUGCGGGAGCUCAACUCAAAGGAGCUUGGAUUUGAGCUUCCUGCCUCGUCGGAUAGUCAGGACAAUGACCAACACACAAUGGAUUCAGCAGACGAAGCCGUUGCUGCAGCCGUUGACGAAGGCAUCAAUGCCCAGAUCAACGCUCAACUCGAAGAGGAAGAAAAACGUAAGCAGAUUCGUCUGGACAAUAACCCACAAUCAAAGUUUGAACCAUUUGUUGAUGAUCUAAUGGCAGAGGAAGUACUCCAACAGGUGCAAACUGCUGCACUGAACGCCAGGACAAAAUUGAUGAAGAAAAAGUCCGCCAACAAGAUGGGAUUCCUGCGGCAAUCGAAAGACGGAACCACUUCGAUGAACAUCCUCUUGGACAAUGAGAACAACACUCCGGAGAAGGUGGUUUCGUUGGAAGCAUUCACCGGUAAGCUCCAGUACGGCACUGCGUUGCUGCAAGGAUUCCGAGAAGAUCGAAGGAAUUACGCCAAAACUGUUAAGCCCCUGAGUUACGGUGCGUUCAGUUCUUUCGCUCCCAUCUUCGACUCUCGAUUCUCAAAUCUCUCCAAAGAAGAAUCUGAAAUGGUGUUGAACACUUAUGGUGAUGAAACCGGCGCUGACUAUGCCGAAAGCAUUAUGCGCUACACCAAGGAUAGUCCAUACGCCGGGGGAAUCGCGCACAGUUUGCUAGACAUUCUCACCAACGGUGAACAUCGGAAAUCCUUCGCCACCCUGUACGAGUCGGACAUGCAACGUCAAGAGAAGGAUGCAGUAAAGCAUACAUUCCCGGAAUCCGUCGAGCGGGAGGAGGAACGUCAGAAACAUUCCGACGUCAAAAUCGAUUUCAACAGCCUCCGGUCACUGUCCAGCCUCGGUGUGGACGUAGAUUUUCUGGACGACCUCGAGGAGCAGCUUGAGUGUGUCAGUAUGACCAAAACGCUCCAGCAGUCGUUGAAUAACAAUUCCAGCUUGAUACAGAAGUUGCAUCAGAUUCAGACGGAUCGCCUGUCCGCUCCCCUUCCGGCGCAUCUUUCCUUUGUGCAACGAGCCGGCGAGAGUGAGAUCGAUCUGGCUGCCCAGAUCACCAACAACCUGACGCAUAUUGCCAAGCAGCUACCGCCGGUGGCGAUUGCGACACCGCACGGCCUGCGGAAGGCGAUGGGGCUGAAUAGUGUUGGCUUAGAAAUGUUCCAUUCCCCUCCGAUUGGCAUAAUCAAUCCCCAGCCGAAUGCAGGAGCUGCUCAGCUCAACGCCGGUACCAACAAUCCUUCAAAUGCCGACAUCAUUGACACCACCCCGAUGGAUAUGGACCUAGAACCGGAAACGAUAACCCACCACCACCAUCCGAAUGCCAACCCAUCGCAGGUGGACAUCGAUAGUGAGCUUCGCGAGCUUCUCAACACCAGCAGCUCGAACGGGGACACCGGGGUCGUCGUCGUCGGAGCGGAACCGGACGCCAGCAUCGAACAGAUGCUGAUGGAUUGAAUUCUAAUGCUGCAUGUAGUACCUAAGUUUUUCAUUUGCAUUUGUGUUUUACACCUAACAAAGACGAAUCCGGUCUUA